AUGAAUCCCUCGUAUACGGGUAAUCGCCAGCCAGCGGCCGGGAUCCAAUCAUUACGAUGCUUUUGCAGUCGACUCCUGUGGGCGCUCCCAGGGUUCGCAUGCACUGUGUAUCGUGCACAUGCCCCGGUGCUGAUGAGCGCUGGAGAUGCCAGCAACUGGCAGCGUCCAUGCAUGCAAGGCAUUCUGAUCAGAUUCAAGUAUUUUUGGAAGAUGUGCGGUUGCGGAAUCGAACGGGGGAUCUGCAGGUGCGCGAUCUUUAUCGGCAUCGAGGGAGGCAUCUAUCAUGCAGCAGUAGCGCAGAGUUUCAUGGAUCACCACCUAGGCUUCCACUCGAAAAACAUAGUCCAUUCAUACAAGCUUGUAGGUGCCGAGCCGACGAUGAGUGCGUAUAAAGACGCCAGUAGCACCGUUCAGGACACUGCACGGAAGCGGAAGGGUUUUGGCGUUCCCGCGCUGGUGCGUCAUCUCAAAGAGAUGCGCGGAUCCUAUGUUGUAAACGUGACUGUGCAAGUAUCGCAGCAGUUUAGGCCAGCAAACGGAACGACACGCGCGACUUUCGAGCAUUUACACCCAUACCAGAUAAGAAUGGUAUGGGUAGAUUCAAUUCACAAGGGCAUCUACGCUAGAGUCCGGUCUCCAAGCAUUGUCAUGAACACCAGGCUGUGCGGGAUUUUUCUCCAACUGACUCUUUUUCCUCUUUCUCGUAUCCGGCAUGAAACACGCUGGUCACGGUUUCGCUCCAGCGCCGUUGUAGGCAUGCAAACGAUGUUGAUGGCAGCGUGCAAGUCCCGAUUUCGCCGAUGCCGGCUCUCGUUCAAGCAUUUCAUUCGCACUCAACAAUACCGCAAGCAACAGAUCCUCUUUGUGUACCGUGUAGACGCGCAGCUCGCACCGGUGUCACUCGACUGUGGUCAGGUGUUCCUGGAGGUCCGUCGCAGCGCCUCAUGCUUCGAGCGCUGCACACGCGCCGGACCAGUGCAGAGGCCUCGCUUCGAUGCCGUCCUCCGGUUCCGCGCCCGGUGCCGUACCCUGCGAUCAUGGGCUUCUUCUGGGUAA